AUGGGUUCGGAACUUGGAAUCACCGCUAGCACAGCGGAGCUUAUCGAUCUCUCACCUGUGAGUAUCUGGUGGGCUACCUGGGCAGCUGUCUGGACUCUCGCCGUCGUGUCCGGUGCGACCUACCUGAUCAUCAAUCGUAAUGCACCAACUCUCCGUAUCCGUGGCCUCGGUCUAUCACUUUCCGCUAUCGGUCUUCUUCAUUUAUACUGGGCAUCCUGCCAAUUCGGAGUCAUGAUCGGUGCAAUCAUGCCCGGAGACUCACAGUACUGGAUCAUGGGAACUUUUCUUCCCUUAGGUCUCUCUCUGUUCCAUGCAUCAAACGCUCGCUUCCUUCACGUGGCAAAGCUCCAGAAGAAAUAUGCCCAAUAUGGCCAUAAUCUCUUUGAAGUCAAGCCUGAGGGAUCCCCCAAGGGCCUGAUCAACCGUUUCCGCGCUCUCAAAUACAACACCAAGGUCUUUAUUAUUGUUGGUGUCGGCAUGUUUGUUCAAAUCUUCCUCACGAUCCUUAUGUGGGUUAUUUCUCGCAAAUUCCACAGCUCUUGGGGUAUUCCCGGCACCGAAGUUCACGGUUCUGCUAUGGCACAAAAGACCGCCCAAGGCAGUGGAUGGGAGUGGUGGCCUGGUGUUGCUUACCAGUUGCUCUGGGCCUGGGUUAUCGCCCCGAUCGUUCUCUGGAAGUCUCGCAACAUCAAUGACACCCAGGGCUGGCGAACACAGACAAUUGGCUGUGCUCUUGCCAAUCUCCAUGCAACACCGAUGUGGUUAAUUGGUCUCUACGUCCCGGCUAUGGCUCCCGUCAAUGCUGUCUGGAUUCCUCCUCAGUGGAUUUGCUUGUCCAUCUGGUUCAUGGAGAUCUUCACUAUCUUCGUUCCCUGCUAUGAGGUUUUCCGAUCCCAGUCCCUUCGCAAGGAGACCCUUGACUCCAUCGCUCGAUGGGAGCUCAAGGUCAAGUCCUCUGGCUCCGAAGAGAAGUCCUUGAACUCCGCGUCUACCAUGGUCGAAUCUUUCAUGUCUGGCUGGAAAUCCACAAACGACUCUAUCCAGUCCAAUGGCUCCCGCGACAGUAUCAUGACCAUGCACGCCCUCGAGCACGUCCUGGAGCGCAACCCAACCCCCCUGCAGGAGUUCUCUGCCCUCCGAGAAUUCUCCGGUGAGAACAUUGCUUUCCUCACCGGAGUUGCCGAGUGGAAGAAAUCUCUCCCCGCAAUUUUGAAGGAUGGAACUUGCGAUGGUCCCUCAAAGGCAGCGGUCCGUGAAUCCUUCAACUGCGCCCUGCACCUCUACGCCAAGUUCAUCAGCGUCCGCCACGCCGAGUUCCCCUUAAACAUCUCCUCGCAAGAUCUGACCAACCUCGAUCACAUCUUCGAGAAGCCCACUCGCCUCCUUUACGGCGAUGAGCGCGAGACUAACCCCGUCAGCCCCUUUGACAAGUUCACUUUUGACCUCCCGUCACCCGCCUUGACCGACUCAUCUGAGAAGGGGCUGAAGCCUACCUCGACUGAGAUCAAGGACCGGGUUCAGUACUGGGGCCAGAUUCCCGAGGAAUUCUGCGCAACUGUCUUUGAUGACGCCGAGAAGAGCAUCAAGUACCUUGUGCUCACCAACACAUGGCCCAAGUUCAUCAAGGAUCGUCGGACUUCAAUCGAGUCCUUCGAGACUUUGAAGCCUGGCAUGGACGUCUAA